AGAUAAAUUUUUGAGAGUUGGGAACACUGGUGAUUUGAUAUUUGACAGUUAAUUGUUUUUUUUGGGAUAUGAGAUAUGAGCCCUUUUUUGCUUUUUUCCAAUGUUUUUGUGUCCGUAGUCUUUCCAUGUUUCUAAAGUUUUUAAAUGGGUGUAAUAUUUUACGCAACUUCAUUAAGCUGUAAGCGGUUUAAGCAUUACGUAAUUAGAAUGAGAGACUGAGACAGAAUUUAUAACAGCCGCAAUUAAUAAAACAUUUGAAAAACAUGCCAGCUGCAAUUGAAGAUGGUGCAGCCCCUACGGCUAGCACGUCUGCCAAUGAAACCUCUAACAGCAAAAACCCAGAAGUGCCCGAUAGAGAUCAGCAGAUGUGGAAGGUUUUGAAAGCUUAUAUUUUACGAGACAGGGCACGCAAGAGACAAGAAAGAGAAGCUGAAGUUGAAGAGGAGAGAUUGCGUAAAGAAAGAGAAGCACGGGAACAACAGGAUGUUAUGACAUUAGGGGAGACCAGAGAACAUAUUUCACAACUGGAGGCUAAACUUCAACAGUUUAAAGAUGAGAAACAUCAGCUAUUUUUGCAGCUUAAGAAAGUUUUAAACGAGGAUGAUAAUAGAAGGAGACAACUUAUUAAAGAUGCUUUUGAUACAAUAGUACCGAUACGUACAAUGCCACAAGGUGUGGUUCCCCAUCAACAGCCUCCACAACAGCCUCCCCCGCCGCCGCAGCAGCAGCAACAGCCGCAACAGGCUCUAUACGUACAUCCUUCACAAGCCCCAGGAAGAAUACAAACAAUUGCUGAGCUGCUUCCACAACCACAACCCGCUACGGUAUAUAACAAGGCAGCUUUGAAACGACCCAGGAGCCCUAGUCCGCCUCUUCAAGCACCCGUGUCCAUGUAUCAGGGUUAUACGACAUAUAAGAGUCCCGCAGUGGGAACUAGUUCUUAUCAAGCAUCUCCGCAAAAGGAUGAUGGUAGACGUAAUGAGUUAGUCCGAGCAGUUUUAUGGAACAAGGCUCCACAGUACUCCAAUCAGCCCAGCGCAUUCUACCCCGUCGCUCCUCAAGAUAUUUCGAUAUAUUAUCCUUUACCGAGGGAGGCCCCCAGACCGAUGCCGUACGAAACGCCUCCAAGGCCAACGGCCUUCCAAAUGGACCAUAAGAUCAACGAGCAUUAUUCGGCCUUGAGAACGGCCACGAGCCAACACGGUCACAUUAUUCAUCCCGGAACGGGUUUGACCAUCAAUCCUGGCCAGCCCACGCCAAAAGCAGGCAGCAUUACCGCUGGCUAUCCUGUAAGAACUCAAACACAGUACCAACAGGCUGGACCAGCAUCACUAUACACCACUCAAUCUCGACAGAUGUAUCAAAGUUAUCCUCCAAGAGAAUAGGAAAAAUUUGCUAACUGGUAUAAAGGUAAAAUUAAAUUCUACAGAAGUAGGAUACAAUUCUGGAUAAAAAUGCAGGUCUAAUCAUUUUAAGAACAGAUCACAGCAAAGAAAUAAAAAUGUUUAUUCUCUA